AUGACUUCUGAUUCCCGUCAUGCCGAGGCUGCGGAAAUUGCCUGCAUGGCUGAUUUUACGGGAUUGACCGCUGGUUACGAUCACACGUCGACUUUGUACUUUGAUGAUAGUUAUUCUGGUGAAUGGUGCGAGUCGUCCCGGUCCCACCGUACCAAAUGGUUCGCUAUGGAUGAGCCAGUGUUUUGUCGAUACACCAGCGAUACAGAGUGUGAAAAACACCUUGGCGGGAUUAGAGGUAUCACAAGGAAUUCUGCAGGCACCAAAAUUGAUAGAGAAGAUGGAGCCAAUUCCAUAUCCAUUCCUGAUGGAGCGGAACGUGGUAUCACCCUAAGGCAACUAAGGGCCGUCAAAGCCAAUGCGGACAGACGCUGCCUAGAAGAAGAAUGGAAAGAUCGGAACGGCAAUCCACUGAUUCCAGAUACUGUCACCAUGUACGAUAUUUGCCGUUAUGUCAUCCUGCCCUUUACUGUCCACACAAGAAGAUCAUUUGUGGAGAGCUUGCCCUCCACGGCUGGGACUCAGCCUCCGCUAUACUUCGUCAGCCAUUGGUGGGGCGAACCAACGAAGGACUUCAUGGCUUGCGUUGAAAGACUUUUACAAGACAAGUGGAUGAGUAGAGAGAUUGGAAUGACCGAGGAUACCCCCAUUUGGAUCUGUGCCUACGCCAACAACCAGUGGCACCUCGAGGAAGCCAUCACAGAGGAUCCUGAUGAAUCCGCGUUCUCACGCGCCUUGGCUCUUGCCAAUGGUCGAACCCUUACCAUAUUUGACAAGGAUGGAGUUGUCUUCAGCCGCGUCUGGUGUAUUUACGAAAUCUAUAGGACAAUCGUGUUUGCUUCUGACUGCGACAACACGAAUGUCCAACCUGAUGCCAACCAAGAUUGGGUUGUCCUCACCUCAGUUCCUCACACGGAAAUCGUGAAGUAUACUCCAACGAAACGGACAUCGAGAGGAGCAGCCAACAUUGGAGAGUACUUUCCCUUUGACAUGGUCAUGAAAGCGCUGCAGGUUCGGGUGGAACUGGCCGAAGCAUCCGAGGAAUCCGACCGCAUCCAUAUCUUCAAUGCCAUUAUUGGCAAGAAGGACAACCUAGAUGCACAACCACCGGGUGCACAUGAAAUGUACGAUAAACUCAACAAUGAAGUUCGCGCCACAUUCGCGUCCCAGGGGGUGUUGCAAUCUGCCGCAGAGAGGAGUGACGAGGAAUGGAACACUGUGAUAGCAGCCCUGUCCAAGGGAUCCAGACAAACACGUAUGCGCUUCGACUUUGACACAAACCGGUGGAAGGGCUUGGUUGAUAAGCCCGAGAGAGCUGGAAUGUUGAUGCGAAGUCUUCCAUUGUCUCUGGCAUCUCUGUCUCUUUCGAAUUCCUCCUUGGGAUUGUCACUGAUUGAGGGUCUGGCAGAUUGGAUCAGAAGGUCGACGCGACUGCAGGAGAUCCAUUUAAACGAUAUUUCCUCUUCGGGGGGCUUGCCAGGUGAACUUCUGGCCAAGGCACUUGCAAGCUGUACUACCAUCACGGAAAUCCACGUAGAGAAUACUGAUCUGUUGCAAUCAGAAAACCUUCAUCACUGGGCCCAUCUGCUAGCAGCAACCAAAUCCCUGAAGAGCUUCUGCAUAUGGGAGCGGGACUGCGGCAAGGACGAAGUCGGCUGGGGGGACGAAGUCGGGAAGGUCUUGGCUAGAGGCAUUGCAGCAAACACAUCGCUUAACAAAAUUAAGUUGUCAUGGUGGAAACGAGUGCUUGGAACGGAAGCCAGAAAGGAGCUGUUUUGUGCCCUUUUGAAGAAUCCAUGUUUCUCUUCAGUGAACGCCAAGCAAUGCGAGUGGGAGCUACAAGAAGAAAAUUUGAACAUCGGAAGAGAUCGCUUCUCACAGUUUUCGAAGGUACUAGUACCAGUGUUUCGCUUCACCUUACCGAUGGUACAAGCACUAAGCCAACGAAUCAAAAACUCCAAAACACUAAAGAGGAUUUCGAUUACAGAUAUUCAAGUGGACUGUGAGGUGGCGGGUGGAGCUGGGGAGUGUUUAGCUCAAGCAUUGGGAUCCAGCACAACGCUUUUCAAGGUUAUGCUUUCCACCAAUAUGAUUACAUUGGAAAAUGCAAGGAAUUGGACUGACUUCUUGGCAACAGCAUCGUCUUUGAAGGUGUUUGAAUGCUGGAAUUGUGAUGGUCCGCCGUUGGGAGACGGUGGGAUGAAAAUACUCUGUGAAGGUAUCAGCAAGAACACUUCUCUCAAAAAAAUUGAACUACAUGAUCAUGGCGUUGGGAAAGAAGGCGUUGUUGCAUUGGGUGCAGCCUUGAUGCAGAACCUGAGCGUUGAGGAGGUGACAAUAUAUGAAAAGACCAUAGACGAGGGAGUUGCCGACAACUUGAGGACAGCGUUGUUGGAGGCCGUCAAAGAACGAGGAACCGAGCUUCGCAGGUUUUAA